GGUUGGACUCUUUCAAUGGAAGUUCUCACCACUUUCCCAUGGAAGAAGAUAAAAUGCUAUCUGAAUUAGAGUGGGGAUCCCAACAGGCAAAGAAGUCUUUAUCGAGUAGCAGAGUUUUUAAUAAAGAUCAUGAGCAUAAUCCAGAUACAGACAGCACACUGGAAAACUUGUCUGGACACUCCCUGAUGAGUUUCUCAGACAAGGGAAGAUCCCAGAAGACGCCAAGUUCUUCCCCAUCUCCCAGUUCCCAAAAAAUGUUGCAGUUUGAUUCUAUAGGCAAUACAGUAGAAAGAGUCAAGUCACCUGCUGGCUUUUCUGGAAGUGCAGCAUCAGGGAUGAAGCCUAACAUAGCCUUCCCCGACUUGAGUCUAGGAACAAGUAGGUCUGUAGCAGGAGCAGCCUCAGCAAGUGGAUGUAUGCGCUUCUCCCCUGCUGGUCUUCAGCAUCGUUUAGCAGCAGAAUUGAACUACCUUAGUGCCAUUGAGGAGUCUGUGCGACAACUUUCAGAUGUAGAACGAGUACGAGGCAUAUCACUUGCCCAGCAGGAGAGCGUUUCUUUGGCUCAGAUUCUAAAGGCACAGCAGCAGCGCCAUGAACGUGACUUAGCUCUUUUGAAAAUCAAGGCCGAACAAGAAGCUUUAGAAAGUCAGAGACAACUGGACGAGGCAAGGCAGAAGGCAGCUCAGGUAAUGCUGCCCUUCAAAAAAUGUGGAGUGUGUAAGAGGCAAAAUGCUGUCCAUGCAGAGUCACUGCAGCAUCUGGUCCAGUCACGGCAGGAGGCUGUACAAGAGACCCCAUGCAAGGUUGCAGCCAAGCAGGUGGAAACUGCACUUCUCACUACAGAUGCAGCUCACCAGAUCUGUGAGAUGACAGAGUUAGCACGAACUCAGAUCUCCGAUAAUGUCAGCGCUCCAGCUGCUCCAGUCACCAACUUUUUUGACCACCAGCGGCAGCAUCAUUCAGAGUUCAUGAAACAGCUGAGAGCCCGAACUGAUACAACCAGGAAAUGUGGAUCUGGUGCUAUAUCACAAGGUAAAGAGGAGACAGGUGACUCAAAACAGACAUACUCACCGAUGUUUGACAGUUAUUCAGAAUCCUCAAGAUCAAAGGUUCAUGACCAGAGUAGUACUAGCAGCCGCCAGGAGAGUCCUUCAGUUCCAUCUUCUAAGGAGAAUGAGAAAAAGUUUUCCCGUCGUGAAAAGAUAACUAGCAGUAUUGAAGAGCAGGCUCAUACUGGUGUGGAUGAUUCCUUGCCGAGUGAUAGUAUUUUAUCACUGCCAGAUGAAAAAGAUUCCGCUUCUGUUGCAACAGAGUAUUCCCUGAAAUUUGAUGAGUCCAUGACAGAGGAUGAGAUUGAAGAAAAGUCUUUUCGGUCUUUGCUGCCCUCUGAGAGUCAUCGCAGAAAUAACUUGGAGAAGAAACGGGGUAAUCGUGAUGAUUCUGAUGAGGAAGUCUCCCCAGAAAAAACAGCUCUGUCAUCUAUCAAGGAGCUAAGCAUGCCAUUCUCCGGGGGGCAAGAUAGUUUCUCUAAGUUUACUAUGGAGAUGGUACGACAGUACAUGAAAGAGGAGGAAAUGCGAGCAGCUCAUCAGUCCUCAUUGCUUCGACUCCGGGAGAAGGCUCUGAAAGAGAAGACGAAGGCUGAAUUAGCUUGGCUGGAACACCAGAAGAAGCAUUUGCGAGACAAGGGAGAGGAUGAUAAAAUGCCUCCUAUUCGAAAGAGGCAGCGUGGUCUGCUGCUGAGAUUACAGCAGGAAAAGGCAGAAAUUAAGCGUCUUCAAGAGGCUAACAAGGCUGCUCGGAAGGAGAGACAACUGAUCCUUAAACAGCAGGCAGAAAUAGAACGAAUCCGUCAGACUACAAUGAAACUGCAGGAAAAACUAAAGUCUGCAGGAGAAAACAAGCUGGAACUUCACAGUGAGGAUGAUAUCAAGCAGAGCAAUGGUUCUAGCCCACUUCCAACUGAUGCAGAAACACGCAGCCCUUCCCCAAUCUCAAUCUCCAGCAGUGAGACUAGUAGCAUUAUGCAGAAACUUAAAAAAAUGCGCAGCAGAAUGGAUGAAAAACACUGCUCUCCUGUUCACUACUUCUUCUCUGUCUUUACGUCUCACCACUGGGCCUCUCUCAGUGUCUGUUUUCCCAACCUCCACCCCAAAUUCCAGCUGUAUAUCUACAACCAAUUGGUCAGGUUCCUAACUAAGCGAGAACAGAAGCUGAUGCAGCGUCGACAACAUGCUGAAGAAUUGUUGGAGUGGAAACGCCGCCUGGAUGCAGAGGAAGCAGAAAUACGGCGAAUAGAAAAGCAGGCUCUAGCUGCCUGGGACAAAGAGCUGCUCAAAACCAAAAUAGCCAAGAAAGACCUGGGGGAUCAGAGAACUGAGCCCAAAGAAACGGCCAGUGAAGAAGAGUCUCCAGUGCCUUCUUGCUCUCGUCUGAACAGUGAAAGCUCUAUCCCAGAAGAUCUUGGUAGUUUAGCUGCUGAGUCUGUCCCAUCAGAGACUAUGGGCCAUGGACAGCCAGAAAGCCCAGAUCAGAGUACAGCUAAUGAAGAAAUGGUUUAUUCUGAAGAGUUCAAGUCUUCUACCUCGCCUGGCAAACUUUCUCCUCCUAAAAGCAGCAUAUCUGUAUCAAAGCAAGAUUCCAGCAAAGGCAGCCAUAGAACUGGAGGACAGCUACGUUCACCUGUGAAGUCUCAUCAAAUAUCUCACAACUGGUCUGAUGAAUCUUUAUCUAUGACACAGUCAGAAACCACAUCUGAUCAAAGUGAUAUUGAAGGACGGAUCAGGGCCCUGAAGGAUGAACUACGGAAAAGGAAGUCUGUGGUUUACCAGCUGAAAAAGGAACAGAAAAAGAGACAAAAGGAGAGACUGAAGGCCCAGGAAGCCAGUUUGAUCAAACAACUGGAGUCGUAUGAUGAGUUUAUCAAAAGGACUGAAGCAGAGCUGAGCCAAGAUCUGGAGGCAUCACCCACAGCCAAGCCUCAGAUUAAAACUCCAUCCUCAGCUGCUGCUGAAAAACCGAAGAUCAAGGCACCACCGCUCCAUAGGCCUGAGACAGCUAAAAACUGGAAAUCACUGGCUGAAUCAGAGCGAUCCAGAGCAUCUUUGGAAUCCAUUUCAGAACAUGCAGAUGCUGUGUCAUCAAGAACUGAGAGAUCUGUGUCUGUGCACACCAAGAAGGUGGCUGUGACAGAUGUUCAUGCAGAAGAACCUUCUGGAACAUCUUCCUUGGUUUUAAUGUCACCAAGGAAUUCCAGAGCAGGAUCUGGUGAUUCCUUAGAUAAUGUACCCUCAUCAUCUCUUCUCAAAGACAUGAAAGACAUUAGCGGGAUAUCCCAUGGGUCAAUGAACAAUGUGGUAAAUGUAUCCAGUGAUGAGGCUGCCUUUAGUCAUAAAUCUGAGAUACAGGAAGACUUGGAAUACAUAAAGUCUGAGGAAUACGAGAUUGAAGGUUCUCAUGUUAAGCCUUUGGAGAAUUCUGACGUCUUGUUGACGUUAGAUAGAGAACAGGAGAGCUCACUGGACAUCCUUCCAAAGAAAGUCCUCUGUUCUGAAAACAAACACUCUCAGAAGGAACUUCUUGGUUUGGCUGUGGAAAGUCUUCAUGGUACGGAAGAAAUCUUAGAACAGGGACUGGCAGAUAAAGAUGCUGUAACUGGCCCAGGUGUAGAAGAGUCGUCUUGCAAACUGAGCAGAUCAGCAGAGGAAAAAGGUUACCUGCUUUCAGAACAACCCUUUAGUCAAAAGGAGCCAUCAUACCUUGAAGACUUUGAAGGAUCCUUGUCCAGAAAACAAGCAUCAGUUGAAGAAACACUUCCUGGGGAACGUUACAAAGACGACUUUGAAGCAUCUCUUCUCUCUCCUAACGGGGAUGCUCAGUCGCUGACAGAGCGGUCACAGCACACACAAACUAGCAGAAGUAGAUCCACAAGCCUUGGCAGUGAUGGUGAAAUCAGUGAAUACCUCAGUGACAGGUCUCUCUCUCUCUCUGGCAGCAUGCAUUCAGAGAGGUUAUUAGAACUUAAGUCCCCAACAGAGCUUAUAAAAAAUACUGAACGCAGAGAUGUGGAGCAAGAACAGGCCCCUACUGAAUCACCGCUGUGGGCCUCUGUUUUGAUCACAGACGAAACAGAUAGUUUGCCAAAUUUCAACAUUGGUGAUAGAGUACUUGUGAGUAAAGUCCAACCUGGAACAUUGCGGUUCAAAGGUCUGACUAAAUUUGCCAAAGGGUUUUGGGCUGGCGUGGAGUUGGAUAAACCUGAAGGGAACAAUAAUGGAACUUAUGGUGGUAUUAAAUAUUUUGAUUGCAAAGAAAAGCAUGGUAUUUUUGCUCCUCCUCAAAAAAUCUCUCAUAUUACAGAAAGUACUGAUAGCCAUUUAGAUACAAAUAAGGAUGAAGACUCAUUCUUUGAUGGUAGACUGGAGAAGCAACACAAAGCAGAGCAGAAAGACAAAGGAAGUUCCAAACCUAGCAAGGAGGAUGAACCCCAGAGCAGAGAUGCAACAGAGAACUAUUCCCAGGAUAAAGGUCCUGCAGAGACAGCUGUUUCAGAAGCCUCAGCUGGGGAAAAGGUUGAGGAAGAACCAUCUUCUAAAGCGAACAGCAUAAAGGAGAUUUCUGUAGCUACUGAAUCAAUUGCCCAAGAACAGUCAGUGGUGGAUUAUCUGAAGCAUGCUGUAAGAGAGGAGGCCAGCCUCACUCCUCUCAUUUCUGGUGUUGUGGAUGCAAUUUCCACUGUUCAGGUGGAUGACAUCUCAGAUUUCCUUUCUGAAAAACUGGAAAGGCAGAAGACACUGGGGGAAGAAUGUGCUGAAAAGUUAGAUGAUCUCUCUACUGGAGUUGUGGAGAAGCCUGCAACUCCACUUCUGGAUUUGCUAACAAAAGAAAAGAACCAGUUAGAAGCCCAGCUUAGACUACCGCUUAGAGAGGAAGAAAAGUCAAAAGACCAACUCGAAAAGGUCAGUUUGCUGACAGACAGUCUACUUAAAGAUUUUGUGAAAGACACGGUCAAUCAGUUACAGCAAAUAAAGAAGGUCAGGAAUGAGAAAAUCCAGCUAAGCAAUCAGGAGCUCUGUGAUGUGAAGGAGGAAUCUGGUACCCCAUCCCAGCAGGUAGAAAAGCAGAUUCCCGAUGGACUGAAUAACUUUUUUCUAAGUUCUGAUUUGGAAGAUGAAAGAGAAGAACUUUCCUCUCCGGACAUGUGUCCCAGACCAGAGAGUCCAGUGUUUGGUGCCAGUGGUCAGGAAGAGCUUGCCAAGAGACUGGCAGAGCUGGAGCUCAAUCGGGAGCUCAUGAGUGUGCUGGGAGAUGAUCAAGACUGGUUUGAUGAGGAUUAUGGCCUGAGUUCCCAUAAGGUCCAGCAGAAGCAAGCUGAGGAACCAGCAGUGCUGCCCAAGGUAGAACCACAGAAAGUGCCAACAAAGCCAUGUGAGGAGCCUUUGGCAGUCCCUCAUACUGCAGUGGAGGUGGAAGGUAUGGUGCAUGCAGCAGCUGAGGAACUCUGGAAACUGAAAGAGCUGGGUCACGAUCUUCAAAGUUUCAACCUUCAUACAGAUCUUAGUAGUACCCUCAAAGAGCAGGACACAGACAUAAACAAGCAGGUUUAUAAAAAGGUGGUAUUUGAUUUAACAAGAGAGAUCUUUGGGGAAAUAUUUGCUGAGGAUCCUAAUCUAAAUCAGCCUAUUUGGAUGAAACCGUGUAGAAUCACAUCUGCUUACUUUCGCCGAGUAAAAGAUCCAAAUGAUCUGGAUGAAAUCAAG